AUGAGACGAGACAGAGGGUAUCAGAUGAUGAUAUGGAGAUGGAAAGAUGAAAGACUUCUUCGGAUCCAGUCGACAGUAAGUAAGUCGUCGCGUGUAAAUGAGGAUGGAGGUGAAGAUGUAGACGAGGACGAGAAUGAGGACGAGAACGGCGAUGAGGAUGAGGAUGAGGAUGGGAUGAUGGUGAUGGUGAUGGUGAUGCCUUUCAUUACCAGCACCACCACCACCACCACCACGCCCGUAAACCCCAUGGCCCAGUUCGUUCCUCGCCCGGUCUUCCCCUCGCAACUCUCCCUCCCGCGCUCCUAUUUCCUCGGCCAUCAUGCUUCAGGGCUGGCGAAGAUGAAGACGAUGCUCUCGAGCAUCGACCUGAUCAUCGAAUGUCGCGACUAUCGUGUGCCCCUCACAUCGCGGAAUCCCCUUUUCGAGCAGUCUCUUGCUGGCCGUGAGCGGCUGGUAAUAUACACGAAGCGGGAUCUGGGGAGCAAGGACCGGCCGUCCGACCGAAGAAAAGAAGACGUGAUCAGGCAAUGGCACGCCCCAUCUCCCAUCCUAUUCACCGACCACAAAUCGAAGAAGGACAUGAAAAUCGUCCUCGACUUCACCAAAGAACACGCCUGGCAGCGACAAUCACUCCUCGGCUCUCGAAUCCUCGUUGUUGGCAUGCCCAAUGUUGGCAAAUCCUCUCUCCUCAAUGCGCUACGGAUGGCAGGAGUACACAAAGCGAAAGCAGCAAUCACCGGGGCGCAACCGGGCGUGACGAGAAAGAUCGCCAGCGGAGUGAAAAUCGUGGAGAAGGAUGAGGAUAAAGGAACCGAGGGCGUGUACUUGGUUGAUACGCCUGGUGUGUUUGUCCCCUUUGUGCCCAACGCAGAAGCCAUGAUGAAGUUGGCACUGGUGGGAAGCGUAAAGGACACGAUCAUCUCACCAGUCACCUUAUGCGAUUACCUCCUAUAUCACAUCAAUAAGCAGCAAGGCGGCGAGACCUGGUACGGUGAUUACUGCACACCAACAAACGAGAUUGAGGAAUUGUUGGAAGGCCUGUGUCGGAAGACGGGUAGGUUAGGCAAGGGCGGAGUCCCGGAUAUCGAGGCGGCUGCGCUAUGGAUGAUACAGAGAUGGCGGCAGGGAAGUCUAGGCCAUUUCACUCUGGACGAUGUUACGGAGGAUGGUUUGAUCAAUAAGAUCAAUGAGGAGGUAGGUUUGAGUUUCAGCCAAGCGAGGAAGCAGGUCAAGGAGGCUCAAAGGGCACGAGGGAAAGCCAGGUACGCGGCUGAGACUGCGGCGGGAAGACGGUGUCUGAGCGAGAGAUCGAUGGCCGAGGACCAACUUCGGCCGACCGAGAAGGCUGGGUUGGGGGCGAGGACGGUCUCCGGUUCCCCGGGCUUUCGAUAUGGCAUACUGUUGUCAAACGGCAUAGGCUUGUCUCCAGUCCAGCUCAUACCGCUCAACCAUAGUCAUGCCUACAGGAUCAGCACGGGGUCUUCAACCGGAGCCAGCACCCUCUCGCUCGCUCUUUGGUUCAUUACGGACACUCGGUCGCAGACGGAGCAACGCCUCGCAACGAUCAACCACUUCAGAAAGCCCGGAUACACCUCUUUUAAGAACCGCCCUGGUAUGAACACCUUCACCGUCUCCUCCAACGAGCCACCGCCAGCAUACACAACUUCUCCAUCCACACAGUACGGCCCGGCAUUUGAGUACCAAAUUCCCGAACUUGCAGCCCCAACACCACCCCAGACCUCUACACCUGCGCCGACGACUCCUAGUGAUGAAGACCCGUACUCUUUCCUUAGCACCUUCGACACCACGCUCCUCAUCGACGACUCUGGCUCCAUGACGGGCCGUUCAUGGCGCGAAGUCAGACAGGCAAUCUCCACCAUUGCCCCGAUCGUCACCAGGCACGACCACGACGGCAUCGACGUCUACUUCAUGAAUCACAAGACCUCGUGCGAAGGCUCGCCUUCCGAAGGCGUCGCUCCUGGCGGCUACCGAGGCAUCACGCGGGCGGCAACCGUACACCAGAUCUUUGAGCGUGUUAGGCCGCAAGGUGGCACGCCGACUGGUUCCCGCGUGCACAAUAUCCUGAAGCCGUACCUGGCCAGACUCGAGAAGGAGAUUGCGGCAGGCCGGGAGAUGAAGCCACUGAAUCUCAUUGUGUUUACGGAUGGUGUGCCAUCGGACGAUGUGGAGAGUGUGUUGAUCUCUGCGGCGAAGAAGCUAGAUAUUCUUGAUGCGCCGCCAUUCCAAGUCGGUGUGCAGUUCUUCCAGGUAGGGAAUGAAGAAGGUGCGAAAGAAGCGCUUGAGGAGCUCGACGACGGGUUGGGUGAAAUGGUCGAGGGGGGAGUACGGGAUAUCGUAGACACGGUCACCUGGACCGGUGGACGAUCUUCUAGCGACGGCGGCAAUGGGUUGACUGGCGACGGGGUUCUCAAGGCUGUCCUUGGUGCCGUGAUCAAGCGCCUGGACCGUAGACGUGCCAGUGGUGAGGUCAGCAGACGAUAG